AUGAUGGGAAAUUUCAAGAAUGCUGCCUUGCGUCAGACAACCUUGUACAAGCCUAAAACAACAGAGAUUUUCGCGCACAUUUAUCAAACUUUGCUGCUUUCUAUUCCAUCGCUGUCAUUAUACUUAUCAGCGCGUUCGUGCAGUCUGUUAAUUCUUACGGCAUUAUCGUCUAUUUCCAUGAAUAUUCCGGUUCCUUACCAAGCUAAGGAUUCGGCCAAUGUAGGGUCAGCUGGCGUGCCCGCCAGAAAAAUGAUCCAUUCUUCAAUGAACUGUCACAUUCCAGUGGAAGAAGAACCAGGUGACCGCACGGAAGUACUCUAUGGGAACAUGGAUAAAGGACUCCAAGCCCGAGUGAUCCGUCACGUUAACAAGUACUGGGACCAUAAAAAUCCCAUGCCAUCUAUCUAUCCGAUUUUACUGAAACUUGAGCGGGAGAUCGGUCCUGGCUGGAGGGUGGACAAAAUCCAAAACGAGCAACAUGUUCGUGCGGACGCCGUGGUUAAGAGCACAGUGAAUUUUAAGGUAUCUCCAGAUCCCACGAUGUACUCAAUCUGGAGACAGCAAGUUCCACAAUUCUAA